AUGGUGGACUGCAAACCAAUUUCCACACCCUUUGUGGUCGAUUCUCAUCUUUCAGAAACUGGUACAGCAUAUUCAGAUGCAACACAAUUUCGCUCAUUGGCUGGAGCCUUGCAAUAUUUGACUCUUACACGUCCAGAUUUGUCUUACAGUGUUAAUUCCAUCUGUCAAUAUAUGCAUGCUCGUACUAUUGAUCACUUUCGUGCCUUGAAGCAUAUUUUACGAUACAUUAAAGGCACAUCCCACUAUGGUCUUCAGCUAUCACAAGAUCCUUGUUCAACUCUGAAGCAAAUCACCGUCGCACGUUCCAGCACUGAGGCAGAAUACCAAGCUCUUGCAUUUGUAGCUGCCGAACUCUCCUAG